AUGAUGAGAUUGAGGUUAUUUAAUUUACAAAUGUAUAAUUUAAAUUUUAAUAUGGUAAUAUCUAGUAGCAAGAUUAGAACUAUUUAAUUUUUAAAGUUAAUAAUUUAAUUUUAUAUAAUUGUGAAACAAAUAUUAAUAAAUAGGGUUGUCAUUUUAGUUAUAAAGAAUGUGAUGGUCCACUUAACUCAAAUUGUUUGUCUUGUCAUGAAGAUUCAUAAAGGAUUUAUUUAUCUGAAUAUAAAGAUUGUAUUUGUCCUUCUUAUUCAAUUUGAUAAAGUUGAGAAAUGCUUUACAGAUAAAAAUUAAAAAUUUUCAAUAAUCGAAUAAAAUAAUGAUGAUAUCAAUAAAAAUUGUAAAUAAGGCUUUUAUGAACUUGAUGGAGAAUUUUAUAAAUGGUAGAUAUUAUAGUUAAUAAUAAUAGUCCUUCAAUAAUUAAUGAGAAUAGUAUAAGUUGUUAUGAAUGUUAUAAAAAUCCAUAAGAAUGGAGUUCUAAUCCAAAUUGUGAUAUGGAUCUUUAUUUAAAAGCAUCAGGGACUGUAGAAGAUACUAUGAUUAGAACUGAUAGCUUUCUUUAUAAAUUUGAUGGAAUAGAUUUAAAUUUUUUUUAUUAUUAUUGUUAGUAAAUAAAAGAAAUUUAAAAUGAGGAGGGUAAUUACAAUUUAUAUUAAUAUUUAUAUUUUGGAUUUAUAAACUUCUGUUAAAUUGAAGAGAUAAGAAUGAAUUCUAAAUAAUGUUAUGUUUGUAAAAUAGAUUUUUGUCAAGAUUGUUAUAUAACUUGA